CCGGCCAUGUCUCGGUUCUUCACCACCGGCUCCGACAGCGAAUCGGAGUCCUCGGCCUCGGGGGAUGAGUUGGUGCCGAAGGCUGCGGGAGGCAACUACAGCAAGCCUCUGCUGCUGAGCGAGGAUGAGGAGGACACCAAGAGGGUGGUCAGGAGCGCCAAGGACAAGCGGCUGGAGGAGUUGACCAACCUGAUCCGCACCAUCCGCAACGCCAUGAAGAUCAGAGACGUCACCAAGUGCCUGGAGGAGUUCGAGCAGCUGGGCAGGGCCUACGCCAAGGCCAGGGGCGUGGUGGACAGGGAGGGACCCCCCAGGUGCUACGUCAGGCUGCUGGCUGACCUGGAGGACUACCUCAACGAGCUGUGGGAGGAUAAGGAAGGGAAGAAGAAGAUGAACAAGAACAACGCCAAGGCCCUCAGCACCCUGCGGCAGAAGAUCCGGAAGCACAACAGGGACUACGAGCCCCACAUCGCCAACUACAAGCAGAAUCCUGAGCUGUCUGAUGAGGAUGAGGAGAAGAAGAGUCGAGACUCAGAAGGCUCCAGCUCUUCUUCCUCUGAGGAUGAGGAGGAUGAGGAAGGGGUCGGAGCCUUCCUGAAGAAGAAGGAAACCAGCAGCAAGUUCCAGAAGAAAGUGGAGCAGGAGGAGGAGGAGGAGGAUGAGGAUGAGGAGGAGGAAGAUUGGGGCUCCUCGGACUCGGAGUCGGACUCGGAGUCGGAUGAAGAGGAAGGGAAGUUCACAUCCCUGGCCUCCAAGUUCCUCAAGAAGGACGAGGACAAGAAGGGAGGGGAGAAGAAGAGGGAGGAGAAGGCCAAGAAGAAGCAGGACCGCAGGAGCCGCAGGUACGAGGAGGAGGAGGAGGACAACGAAGGAGGAGAGUGGGAGAAGGUCAAGUGUGGAGCCCCCCUGGUGAAGGAGAAGCCAAAGAUGUUUGCCAAGGGCACAGAGAUCACUCCUGGGGUGGUGCUCAAGAAGCUGAAUGAGAUCCUGCAGGCCAGGGGCAAGAAGGGCACCGACAGGGCCGUGCAGAUCGAGCUGCUGCAGCUGCUGGUGGGCGUGGCCAAGGAGCACAGCCUGGGCGUGGCCCUGGAGGUGAAGAUCAAGUUCAGCAUCAUUGCCUCCCUCUACGACUACAACCCCAACCUGGCCACCUACAUGAAGCCUGAGAUGUGGCAGAAGUGCCUGAGCUGCAUCGAGGAGCUGCUGGAGGUCCUCUUCCAGCACCCUGAGAUCUUCAUCGGGGAGAACAUCCUGGAGGAGUCAGAGAACCUCAGCAACCCCCAGCAGCCGUUCCGGGUCCGAGGCUGCAUCCUGACCCUGGUGGAGAGAAUGGACGAAGAGUUCACCAAGAUCAUGCAGAACACAGACCCCCACUCCCAGGAGUAUGUUGACCACCUGAAGGACGAGGCCAGGGUCUGCUCCAUCAUCUCCAGGCUCCAGAGGUACCUGCAGGAGAAGGGCAGCACCGAGGAGCUCUGCAGGGUUUACCUCCGCCGCAUCCUCCACACCUACUACAAGUUCGACUACAGGGCCCAGCGCAGGGGGGAGCUGCAGGACAGGCCUGGGGGCCAGCAGAGGAGGCCUGGGGACCACCACCAGAAGCCUGGGGGGGGCCAGCAGGGGAAGCCUGGGGGCCAGCAGGAGAAGCCUGGGGGCCAGCAGGAGGCCCCCGGCGGCCAGCGGGAGAAGGAGAAGCUUGGAGGCCACCAAGAGAAGCUUGGAGGCCACCAAGAGAAGCUUGGAGGCCAAGAGGAGAAGGUUGGAGGCCCCCAGGAGAAGGUUGGAAGCCAAGAGGAGAAGCCUGGAGGCCAAGAGAAGGUUGGAGGCCAAGAGGAGAAGCCUGGAGGCCCCCAGGAGAAGCCAGAGGCCAAACCCCCGGAGGAGAAGUCGGGAGAGGAGAAGAAGGACCAGGAGAAGGUGGUGGUGGAGGAGAAGGCCCAGGAGGAGGAGGAGGAGGAGGAGGAGGACUCCGCAGAGCUGAUGGAGAGGCUCUGCAAGUUCGUCUACGCCAAGGACAGGACCGACCGGAUCCGCACCUGCGCCAUCCUCUGCCACAUCUACCACCACGCCCUGCACAGCCGCUGGUACCAGGCCAGGGACCUGCUGCUCAUGUCCCACCUGCAGGACAACAUCCAGCACGCAGACCCCCCGGUGCAGAUCCUCUACAACCGCACCAUGGUGCAGCUGGGGAUCUGCGCCUUCCGGCGGGGGCUGAUCAAGGACGCCCACAACGCCCUGCUGGACAUCCAGAGCUCGGGCAGGGCCAAGGAGCUGCUGGGGCAGGGGCUGCUGCUGCGCAGCCUGCAGGAGCGCAACCCCGAGCAGGAGAAGGUGGAGAAGCGGCGCCAGGUGCCCUUCCACAUGCACGUCAACCUGGAGCUGCUGGAGUGCGUCUACCUGGUGGCCGCCAUGCUGCUGGAGAUCCCCUACAUGGCCGCCCACGAGUUCGACGCCCGGCGCCGCAUGAUCAGCAAGCAGUUCCACCACCAGCUGCGGGUGGGCGAGCGGCAGCCCCUGCUGGGCCCGCCCGAGUCGAUGCGGGAGCACGUGGUGGCGGCCUCCAAGGCCAUGAAGAUGGGGGACUGGCGCAGCUGCCACCGCUUCGUGGUCAACGAGAAGAUGAACGGCAAGGUCUGGGACCUCUUCCCCGAGGCCGACAAGGUCCGAGCCAUGCUGGUCAGGAAGAUCCAGGAGGAGUCGCUCCGGACCUACCUCUUCACCUACAGCAGCGUCUAUGACUCCAUCAGCAUGGAGAUCCUGGCGGCCAUGUUCGAGCUGGACCUGCCCACGGUGCACAGCAUCAUCAGCAAGAUGAUCAUCAACGAGGAGCUGAUGGCCUCGCUGGACCAGCCGACGCAGACGGUGAUGAUGCACCGCACGGAGCCGACGCCGCAGCAGAACCUGGCGCUGCAGCUGGCCGAGAAGCUGGGGGGGCUGGUGGAGAACAACGAGAGGGUCCUGGACCACAAGCAGGGCUCCUACGGAGGCUACUUCCGGGAUCAGAAGGAAGGCUACAGGAAGGGGGAUGGAGGCUACCUGCGGCGAGGAGGUUACAGGCAGCAGGAGAGAGCCUCCAACUACUGAGCCUCACACAUCCCUGCCCCACACAUCCCUGC